GGAUUGAAGUGGCUCACCAGAAACGUUCCAUCGAGCGGCACCGUCGUCGUCGCAUCAUCAGGAUGGCCGACGAGGACGACCUGUACGCGCGCACUGAGGAUGGCGCCGCCGCCUCACCCUACGACGACAGCGUCGACGACGAGGACCUCGUCCUCUCGCCGGCGAAUGGCUACUUCGGGGCCUUGUUGUCGCGCGGAGACGACUCGCCGCCUGCGGAGCGGGGCCGCACGUCGGCAAACGUGCCCAUCAUCCCCAACAUCAUGGUUGUCGACCCGACUCUACGCCCGAGCGCGGCCGCCGAGGCCAAGGCCCGUGAAGCGACAGAGUCAAGCUCAGGUCGUCCUGGCUCUGAGCGUCCAUCGCAACCCAUCUCUGAUGCGUCGCCUGGUCGGGGCGCCUCCGACUCUCAGCAAUCACAUGCGCAGGCUGAGCCACCACCGCCAUCACCAUCGGUAGUGAGGAGAGGCAGCGAACAACACACACCAAACACCCACAACGUCCCUCAGCAUACUUCCCAUUCUAGAGACUCAUCAUUGUCAUUGCGAGUCCCAACGCCGAGGACGCGACCCGUUCAUCGCCAUGGCGGCCACGAUCACCGCAUGCCGCCGUAUCUGGAUGCGCCGCCGGCGUACUCACCACGCCCCGGGAUAUCGUACGGGGCCAUCGCACACGAUUCCGCAGCUGCUCCGUCGCCGCCGUCCCGCGCAGCCAUCACUCCUACUAGCGAGCAGCAGCCGCUUCUGUUGACGCCGCCCCAUUCGCUUACCUCUCAGUUCCCAGAGGUUGCCUCGCCCAGUCUCUUUCGGAUGCACUUCGAUUGGACCGCGGGGGGCAAGGCGCUUAGAAAGAGAGCCGUCCUCGUACUUGUCGCCCUGGUGAUACUCGUCAUAGCUGCGACUAUACUGAUUGGCCUCUUGUUGGGGUCUUUGCCACAGAACCAUGAAUACAUCGAAGAGCCCGUCAAGGUCCCAGAGGAUUCUCACGGGGACAUGGUAUGGAAACCGCUCCCCAGCUGCCGCCAAAAAAGCAACAGCCGCCUCGCGGUAGGGCAAAGCUUCCACUUCGCCGCCCAGCGCAACCUCACCAUCCUCCAGCUCACCGAGCAACGACACGGGAUAGCAGCCGCUGCCGGACGAGCCAUCCAGGUCUUUGGCGAGCUCGCCAUACGCCCCGCCACGGGAUCUUUUUUCCCCUCUGGCUACUUUGCCGUGGAGUCCAUGGCCAACCAUGAUUCUCUGGGGUUUACCUUUAGCCUUGACGAGAAUGGGUCGCUUAAAGUCGCGACGCCUGGCACGAUCCACAACUGGGACGACGACGACGAUGCGCAGCCUUGUAUUCAGCUGCGCAUCAUCCUAUAUGUCCCGCGCGAGACGGUGCUUCGAGCGCUGGACAUCCAGACACAAGAUCUCGACGUCAGCAUCGAGAAGGGCACCAUCAUGUCCGUCGCAGAAGACGCCCAGAUCUUAACCUUCGCAGGAGACAUUACGGCUCCUGUGGGCUCCAAGAACCAGAGCUUCGCACCAUAUAGACUCGAGGCCACCUCCAUUGUCGCGCAGAGCCUCAGCGGCCGUGUCAGCGGGUGGUUCCCUCUGUACGAGGAGCUCGCGCUCAUCACGAGGUUCGGGGACAUUACAGCGACGAUCGGACAAAAGCUUCCGAGGCAUCGGCCAUCGACCUUUUCAUUCCUAACCGUAACGUCCCUGCACGGCAAGGUGUCCGUGCAAGAGCUGGGCCAGUCGCCCUCCGUGGAUGCGCGACCGCGCGAUCGCAGAGUCGAGAUCGAAACGGAGACGGGCGACAUAUGGGCUGAGACGCUUCACAGCGCGACCGUCCAGGUCAAGUCCGUUGAGGGAAGCCUCAAUCUGACCCUGACACCGGCUUUCGACGCUGAUUGCGUCAAAUGGGGCUAUGAAUCCUGCAGAAUCAUGACGGAAACCAAGCUGGGGGCGACACACGCGGUGGUCAACUCACCAUCUCGCCCUCAGGCGGAUGCUAUCCGGGAUCCUGCCGUCGAAGAAUACGGCGAGACGAUCGACGACACCCGGACGUAUAGUACCCACGCAAACACGUCGAAUCUUUACUCCACCCACGGUUCGUCCAGUGGAGAUUUGUUUGCCACCUAUCCGAGUGAAUGGCAGGGAAACAUUUUGGCAUCCACCUUCACGGGGCACAUGAAUUAUACCGGCGACGGGCUCGUCAUGAAGCCCUGGGACGCGAUAAACAAGAGAAUGAAGGGAACCAAGGGCGAUGGCAAAUCUAGAAUGAUUGUCGUGAGCAGAGACGGCAACCAGCGGGUGGCCUUUGGAGGCGGACCGGUCUACUAGCCGAUCCAGUCCUCAGAGUCAAGGCAUGCGCGCGGGAGUAGACAUAUGUAGACGAUACAUGCCCUACAAGUCGAGGGCCUUUGGCGCAAAGAUUUGCCGUCGCAGCAAUAGGGUAUCAUCAACUCGAUGCGCUGCUAAUACAAACAGAAGAAAGGCGGCCCAAGUCCGCAGACUCCGCAGCGUCCGCUAGCGAGAUCAUACACCAGACGCACAACCUGUGCUAGGGCGCGAUGUAACCCCCGUCACAAAGGCCGAAAACGACAUAGUAUACCAUGUUCUGGUCCCCGAUAGUGUACUGUGGUAUUUAUUAGAGGGC